CAAACCACUCUCCCACAACACAUCAAACAAUCUCUCUCUUUCAUUAUUUUCCUCUUUCACACUCCAAAACACUCAUCAUCAGUACCACUACUACUACCAAAAAUCAUGGCUGAGGAAAAGCACCACCACCAUGGCCUCUUCCACCACAAGGAUGAAGAAAAGCCCGUCGACAAUGUCUACUCGGACGUCGCUUAUUGCUGCGGCCACGGCCAGUACUCCGAGACUACAGAAGUGAUUGCUGUCACCACCGAGCCUGAUCAGGUCGACUACGAGAAGGAAAAGAAGCACCACAAGCAUCUCGAGGAGGUUGGCAAGCUUGGUGCUGCCGCAGCUGGCGCUUAUGCCUUGUAUGAGAAGCAUGAGGCGAAGAAAGACCCGGAGCAUGGCCACAGGCACAAGAUACAAGAGGAGGUUGCAGCAGCAGCUGCAGUUGGGGCCGGUGGUUUCGCCUUCCACGAGCGUCAUGAGAAGAAAGAGGCAAAGGAAGAGGAGGAAGAGGCUCAUGGAAAGAAGCACCACCAUCUUUUUGGUUAGAGAAUUAAAAAACGAAGACAGAAUCUCUUCCCAAGUCAUGUCUUGAUCUUUUAAUUAACUGCGUGUUUUUCUUUCUUUUCUUUACUUUCUCCAAGUGUUUCUGUGUUUGGAUACACCACCAUGAGUAAGCUGCAACUACCUUAAAUAACUCUUGUGCCAGAGUCAUGAGUUUGUGAAAUGCUUCCUUGCGUCCUUGUUAAUUAAAUGGGUGCCAUCUGGUUUUCUUAUUACCCAUUGUUAAUAUUAAUGAUAUAUACGUUUGUUAA